AUGGAAUCUAUCGUGAACCGGGCCCGGGGUGUCUUCCACAGGCUUCCCAAACGGCUUCAAGUGUGGGCCUUCUUCGCCCUCGCGGUCGCCAAAUCGCCGCAACUCUACGUUGAUCGCGCUUGGGGGGCCUCUCGAAAAUAUUUUUUCUCAGUCAUUUGCAUCUCACUGCUGUUGUCAAAAUGCUUCCAUAUCUAUGUCAACCCCAGGACGGUGGGUGUAUUUUCCCUCCUCUUCUGGGGGCCCACCUUCUUUGUGGUGGAUAUUCUGCUUAUCCUGGUCGCGUGCCGACUUGCCCGAUCCUUUGAGUCGCGGAUAUGUCGCGACUUAGCCGCAUUAAUUGUCAUUCUAUUCAGCUUACAAGCUUCGGGGUUCACCUCUGCAAACAUCGCGUUUUACGCCGUCAGGGGCACAGAGGUCCCUUGGCGCAAAACGAGCAAAUUUCAUAGAGAUAUUCCAUCCGCCAAGUUGGUUCUAUCCGCGCUGGGUAUUUCAUUCCUCAUUGAGGGGUUGAUUUUUGCCGGUGCAUAUUUUGCUACGCCGUAUUUGUUCAAGGCCACUGGGGCAGUCUUGGAUAUCUGGGCUUCAUUCUUACCCGCCAGGUUUCGCAGUUACUUUGGGGAUAAACCCCCGACAAGUGCUGAGAACUACGAGCAAAUUGCGAUCGAUGAUUUUGACAAUGACACCGAUUCUGUAUCUCUACUGGAUGUAUCUCAAGAGCCAUCGAGGGGGCAAAGUUGGUCGCUCCUGAGCCGCGUGGUUGUCGUAUCUUGCAGUGCUAUCAUAGCUUUCCUUACCAUCGUUCGUCCCCACAAUUUGGUGUAUAACUUUCUCACCCAGUCCCUUCCUUUUGCGCCUUUUGGUGGUCCUAAUUACAGUCCUGGCGAGGAAAGUGUCGCAUCAGUCCCCGGCGAUUUCAGCUGGUUGGAAGGACACACUGCCUUGGACAAAUUCCCAACUUUUGAAUGGCUGCGCGGAUACAAUUCUUCCGAUGGCUUUCCGGACUGGUCCCCAUUUCCCAUCAAUGAGACUUACAAGGCUACACAUCAGGGCCAGGAGUAUGAGCACUACAACCCGCUGAACGACCCCCUGCAUAUACCUAACCUACAGAACGAUAUUCUGGAAACCAUGCGUGAGGCACUUCACAAUGGAAGCGUGAAGAUCAAGCAUAUCGUUCUCGUGAAGUUAGAAAGCACCCGGCAAGAUGUGUGGCCCUUCCGCUCCAGUUCAUACAUAAUGAAUCACAUCAAAGACUCCUAUGGUGGCGAAGUCCCGGAGGAGAUUGAGCAAAGACUAUCCAAGCUUACUCCCACUGCCCAACGAUUGACCGGACUUGAGACCGGCUUUGAGAAUAUCACUGAUUAUCCAAAGCCUUAUGGUGGUAUUAGUGCAACCAACGCUUUCACAUCGGGCACGUAUACCAUGAAGAGUAUCACUGGAACGGUGUGUGGUGUGAGUGCUAUGGCCGUCGAGGGCAAUCUCGAAUACUAUCACGAUUUUUACCAGCCCUGUUUGCCCCACAUCUUCAAUGCUUUAAGUCAUCAACCAAAUAUCAGCAGUGAAUCUGAUGACUGGACUUUGUUGCCAUGGCACACUCAGUGGAUGCAGUCCCACUAUGGUACCUGGGACAAGCAGGAGCUUCUUACCCCGGCUUUGGGGUACCAGGCUGUCAUGGAUAAGGAAUCCAUCAAUGAUGCUGGUGGCAAAUACAUACCCGAGGAGGAUGAGAAGGAGACCCAUUAUGGUCAUGAGGACAAGGUUCUGAAGAAUUAUAUGCGGGAUCUAAUUUCCGAUGUCAAAAAGAACAACACUCGUCUGUUCCUCACGCAUUUAACCCACGAGACACAUACUCCCUGGUUUAAACCUGGUGAAUAUGAAGAAAUCCUCGGAGGGUCAUGGAUUGGACGGAAAAAGCAGAUAAAUAACUACCUCAACACGGUAAUUUACCAGGAUGAGUGGAUCGCCGAUAUCCUUGAGAUCCUUGAGGAGGCCGGAAUCGCUGACGAAACUCUUCUUGUCAUGGCUGGUGACCACGGAAUCUCACUUCCAAAUGAUGGCGGUGUAACAGCCAACCAUGACGCCCACGUUGGAAACUUCCACGUACCCCUCUUUUUCUCUCACCCCAAACUUCCUCAGGUAGAGGUCAACAAUCCCGUCGUCUCUACCCAAAUCUUACCCACUAUUCUCGAUCUUCUGAUUGAAUCCUCCUCUCUCACUGGCGACUCCCUGCAGGUCGUGAAAGACCUUCUCCCCCUAUACGAAGGCCAGUCCAUGCUCCGCCCACUCAUCCCAGAACAAGACGGCAAGAGAGAGUGGCAUUUCUCCACCAUGAACCCGGGCGGUACAUGGUUCUCCAUGCGAGAUGCCGUGAACCCCUACCGAUUGGUCGUUCCUCUCAUCCCUGAUGCGCCGUGGCGCUUCACGGACAUCAUCGCUGACCCCUUUGAGCUCUAUCCUGAUGAAGACCUUGACUUCUUGACCUUGCUGCGUGAUGUGGAGGCCCGGCAUGGGGUCAAUGCCUCGGCUUGGCUGAAUGAGGCGGCUCAUGUGGCCUAUUGGUGGAUUCCUGAGAAUCAUCGCCGAUGGAAAUAUGAGGCCGAAGAGUCGGAUUAA